UGUUCAGCACCAAAAACAAUACGCAUGUCAAGUUCUUUGACUCUCUCUCCUUCUCUAUAUAAUGUAGUACAAAAGCCAUGCAAAAAAGAAAAGCCAAUAAAAAUCAAUCUCAGACUGUGGAAUCAGAGGAGUUUGUAGCUUACUUGGUCGGAGAAAAUGGAGGGUGACAACGUCGGCGGGGGGGCUCCGGCUAGCUCCAGGUGGAAUCCCACGAAGGAGCAGAUCAGCAUGCUUGAGAGCUUGUACAUGCAAGGGAUAAGGACGCCGAGCGCAGAGCAGAUACAGCAGAUAACUGGCAGGCUUAAGGCCUACGGUCAUAUCGAAGGGAAGAACGUGUUUUACUGGUUUCAGAACCACAAGGCUAGGCAAAGGCAGAAGCAGAAGCAGGAGAAUAUGGCUUAUGUGAACCGCUAUCUUCACAAGACUUCCCCUUUGUUCCCUCCUCCAUGCCCAAAUGUUGUUUGCGGCCCAUACUACGUACCACAGAGCGACCUAGGGUUUUACCCCCAGUACCCCAAGGUGCUUUUGCCUGGUGGCAUAAGGAGGAGGCCGAGGACAGAGAGAGCUGAGAAGACGAAAACACAUGGUGGUGGUGGUGCAGGAUACGAAAUGAUGAUGCAGGCAGGCGAUAAUAACGAGGGGUUGAUUCACAGCUCUAGCAUUGACUGUAAUCAAGAGACGUUGGCUCUGUUCCCACUUCACCCAACUGGCGACUUACAGCGCUCUUCUCAUGCUGAAACCUCUGCUGAGAAUUCCACUACUCUUUCUACCUCCUCUGAGACAGCCACCACCCCAGGGAUCGAAGAUGGGUCUUGUGAUCAACCCUUCUUUGAUUUCUUUUCUGCCCCUUCUAGUGAGACUAUUUAAGGGUUUGUUUCUUCUUUUGGUAAGGAACAUAAUGGGUAUGAGCUGGGCCUUUUGAGCACUCUGUUUUUGGUGUACAUCUUUUUGAUAAUAUAUAAAUUUGGCGCUUCUCUUC